CCGGGCUGAGGCCCCCGAGGGGACCCGGCCGAAGCGGGGGCGUGGAGAGAGAGAGAGAGAGACUAAGGAAGGGCGCCGCAAGGGCAUUUUGCCGGAGAAGCCCCCACCCCCAGCAGCGGCACGGUGACCUUCGGUCCGCCGCCAGAGACCGCCGGGCGCAGCAAGAUAAGCGCCUCUCCAAAAGAGGUGGAAGGCGGGGGUGGGGGGAGAGAGAGAGAGAAGAGGGAGAAGUGUUUUCUUCGCGCUUCGUGGCUGACUCGCCUCUGGUGCCCACCGGCUGCGGGGAAGGCAAGCCCGGGAAGAGGCUUGACACAAGCCGCGGCGCAAUAACGCUACUAAGACGUUUUGAAGCCAAGCCGCGCAAGUCGCUCUCCAAGCCCGCGAGGUCCGGCAGGGCUUUGGUUGCAGCAACCUGCCCGGGCCGCGGGAACCCCAGCGGGCUCGGCGCGCCUUCCUGUCCCCGGACCCAGAGCCCCCUUCAGACGGUCGGGGGAAUGGCGGGCCCUUCCUCGGCUUCCCAUUGGCUGCCGGGCGCUUGACGUCCGGGCGGCGGGGAGGCGUCCUGGGCGCAGGAGCCCGUCGGAGGACGCUCGCAAACAUGCUGAAGCCCCGGAGCAAGUGGCGGCGUUUGCAGCAGCUGCGGAGAGUCGGCGGCGCUCCCAAGGAGGCAGACCCGCUUCGCCUUCAUGCCUCCAGCCUGGAUGCCCUAACUUGACCCUUCUCGCCUCUGAACAGCCAUGGGAGAUGGGUUGUUCUCCCUGGAUGACAGCCCUCACAACGGAUCCAACUCCACCUCUCAGCCUGGCUCCAGCAGCAGCAGCAGCAACGCUUCCCUCGGUUCUUACCCUCCUGGUUCCAGGCCCCUCAACCCCGAGGAGAUUUCCCAGCAGUGGAUGGUGGGCAUGAGCAUGCUGAUGUCGCUGAUGGUGACGUUCAUUGUGGUGGGCAACGGGCUGGUCAUCGCGGCCAUCAGUCGGACCCAGCGGCUGCAGACUCUCACCAACGUCUUCAUCACUUCCCUUGCUUGCGCUGACUUGGUCAUGGGAUCUGUGGUGGUGCCCUUUGGCGCCACGCUGGUGGUGCGGGACUCGUGGUUGUGGGGCUCGUUCUUGUGUGAGUGCUGGACCUCAGUGGAUGUUCUUUGCGUGACAGCCAGCAUUGAGACCCUCUGCGUCAUCGCAAUUGACCGUUACCUGGCCAUCACCUCACCCUUCCGCUACCAGAGCCUCAUGACUAAGAAACGGGCCAAGAUCAUUGUCUGCAUUGUCUGGGCCAUUUCGGCAUUGGUGUCGUUCUUGCCCAUUAUGAUGCAUUGGUGGAGGGACCAAGACCCUGAGGCUGAGCAGUGUUAUGAUAACCCCAGCUGCUGUGACUUUGUCACCAAUAGAGCCUAUGCCAUUGCUUCCUCCAUCAUCUCCUUCUACAUCCCCCUAUUUGUUAUGAUUUUUGUCUAUAUCAGGGUCUAUAGAGAAGCCAAGGAACAAAUGAAGAAAAUUGACAAGUGUGAAGGCAGGUUCUACAACAGUCACCAGCAGCCACCUCAGCCAGUCCACCAGCAUCUGCCUAUUUUGGGCAACGGCCAAGCUACUAGGAGGAAAACUUCUCGUAUUCUUGCAAUAAGGGAACAGAAGGCCCUCAAGACGUUGGGCAUCAUCAUGGGGGUCUUCACUCUCUGUUGGUUACCAUUUUUCCUGGUCAAUGUGGUCAAAGUCUUUAACAGAGGGCUGGUGCCAGACCAACUCUUUGUCUUCUUCAACUGGUUGGGCUAUGCCAACUCUGCCUUCAAUCCUAUCAUCUACUGCAGGAGCCCUGAUUUCCGUAAGGCCUUCAAGAGGAUGCUGUGCUGCCCCAGGAAAGCGGACCGGAGGCUGCAUGCCAGUACUGGGGAGCUCUCUCGGUAUCCUGGGGGUUUCAUCAGUACUCUAGGAAGUACUGGUCCGUGCACCCUAGGAGGGACAUGGUCUGAGUACAAUGGUGGUCCACAGGAUGGAAGUGACUCCAGUUUAGAAGAAAGGAACAGUAAAACCUCCUAUUCAGAAUCUAAGGUAUAAGAUCAGUUGGUGGAGAGGAUUAAGGCAAUAGGAAGGUCAUAUAGAAUCUUAUAGAUGGAAAAAAAAGGAGCCAGCAAAAUAGACCAGGGUUAGUGGAAGGUGAGAGAAAUAAACUCACUGGGAAGCUGGCUAAGGUACAAAACACCAGACGGACUUGCCUUCCUGAGGAGAUGAUUGUAUUUACUCAAGUUGAAAAGCAGGUGAACUUGUGCGCAGCAGCAGCAGCUAGCCUCUUCUGACUCAUCCAAAACUGAAGCAAACAGAGAGCAACUGACCAUUGAACAAAGGAGAUUAACACUCCAACCCCCCCCCUUCCCACCGUUUGGGUUCUAAGUAUUUGGGGAGAGAGGGAGAUAGAUGAUGGUGUGGCAGGAAAAGGAGGAAUAAAUUUGAAGGAGUUCCUAAAAAGAAAUGUUUUAAGAAGAGCUGUGCUUGUAGCAGGCACUUGAAAGCUGAAAUUGAAAGAAAAGUAACAAGGGUGGGUGUUCCUCGGCAGAUACAGAAAGAAGCCACCCAAAUCCUUGAUGGUUUGAUUUCAGAGCUUAGAGACAAGGUUCUUUUGUUUUUUGUUUCCUAAAACUAAUGCCAGGAGCAUCAGUAGCACACAAAAUAGUCCUGGUUGUUUUUUAAACGUAUUAUUAUUGUUUCGAAAAUAAGUGCUGAUCACCCAUAUAAAUCCACUGAAAUCAGUCCAGAUUUCUGGCACUCAGCACCUUCACACACCCAUGCCAAAAGUCUCUUGAUUAGAAAAAGCCAUCGGAAAAAUGUUCUGAUAAGUUUAACGAUGCCGCCUGAUCCUAUUUAGUCAGGAGUGAGUUGGAUGGAACUUACUUGCAAGUAAGCGCGCAUUAGCUUGUAGCCUUAAAUCACACAAUGGCCACAUUCUACUUAGCAUGUAAGAGGAAAGGGGAAAUGAUAAUAAUAUAAUACAUUGACAAGAAAGUGUUUUGAUCAGGUCUCUUCUGUGACUGGAGAGGAGCCUCUCUUUUUUUUCUUGUCCUAUAAGAUAACAGCAGUCAGGCUACAAAAUGUCUACCUCAAGCUGUGCAUAUUGUACAGGGAAAAUGUGUUUAUAUUAAACAGCUUAUUUAUGUAUUGUUAGUUAGGGUUUUGUUUUGUUUUGAAUAGAGGCAAAAGCACCCAUCCUCUGUAGACAGUCUGUUCACAUUGAAAGCUGAGAGGGGAGAUUGAUUUAGGGAGCACCAGGGAUAUUACUGCACAUUUAAAAAGAGUGAGAGAGGUUGUGGUUUUUGUUUAGUUUUGUUUUUCCUUUUGCACAGUGUUAACGAAGUAUGUUGUGUGGUUGGUCUGUUUCUUUCUCUCUCUCUCCCUCCCUCCCUCCCUCACAUCCAAUGCGUCUACACAUCCACUGGAAAAUGAAAAGGAGAUUCUAAAAGCAUCGGAGCCCCUAGUCUGAUUUCUGUUAAUGCUCCUGUGUUCCCAUUUUAUAUUCUUUUAUUUUAAAAGCAUUAUAUAUUAUGUGACGGAGGUACUGUAAGUGUAUUCAUACAUAAAUGAGUCUGUUCUAAGAAUUUUUAUUAGUUAUUUUUAUACAGUAUAUAUACCCAGGAGAGUAUGUCAACCUGUUGUGACUUCAGCACUUCAUUGUCAUUCCCCAUUUCCCUUUCUGUGUAUGUGUAUACACACGUACACAAGUGUGUGUAUGUAUGUGUGAGUGUCUAUGCAUUUUAUAAAGUAUUGAUAUAUUCUGGGUGCAGUUUACUACUGUAUGUCAUCGGUCUAUGUGCAAUAAAAAAACCACUGCAGCACAAGCAGGUCUAUUUCCAGUGUGUCUCUGUAGGUAGUACAGAAACAAUAUCCAGUCCUGAUGUGAAAAGCAGAGUGUGUUUUGCUGAAAAUGUGGAUCCUGUUACCAAUAUCGUUCAACUUAAUGGCUUUUCCUGACACAGUUUAUCUUUUUUUAAAAUAUGCUUGCUGUACCAAAUAAGGUAGAACGAAGACUGCUGACUUACCCUGAAAUUUCAGAGUCAAAGGCAAGCUGUUUCCAGUUUGGCUAUAAAUACAUCCGUUACUUUUUGGUCAUGAAUGCCACUUGCCCUCUCUUUAGCUCUCCUUUUGAUAGCAGGGCCGCUAGACCAGGUGGCGGAGACCUAAUAGCGAAAGUGACAAGAGUUAUAUUUGGGUUCAUUUGCAGACUAACCAUUAUGAAUGUCCAUCAUGCAUGCGGAUCGCAGGAGCCAUAAAUCCCUGGCCCACAAUUCAGCUCCUUGAAAUCUCUGUUGUAGUAGUUGUGUUAUUUGAGAUUCUAGAAUAAGAGAUUCUGCAGAAUUGCUGGCUUUGUUUUUCUAACCACUUCAAUGGAUUUUAGAGGAAAAGUUUAAUUCUCUUGCAUGAAGAAACGCCUUUGUAAAAAGUAAAAAAUGAUGUCAAGUACUGUGUUACUUUGGAGCAUUUUGGUCAGAAGGGAACAAUCCAGCCUAAGUAGCAUGGAGAUUCUUAAUACUGUAUAUUUCUCAGGGAAUGUUGGCAGUUUUUUCCCCUAAGUUGAUGAUAACUAUAUAGAAUUGUUUAUAUUAUCUCAUGAUGAUAUGAAAUAAUUAGAGGGGAAUAUCCAUUGUAAUCAGAAUGUCAGACUACAGUGUGUGUAGAAUACAUCAAUAGUUGCAUGUGAGUUUAAUUAUUGGAUUCACCUUGAUUUCAGUAAAUCCACAUCUCAGUUACUUCAGUUCCCAGUUUGUGAGAUUUUCUCAGAUUGUGUUGUCACUUUUCUUAUUGCAAGACUUCUGUGCCGUUAACAAGCAGAAAUUCAAAAGUUGCAGCUUUCUUCCCAGUUAGGAACCACUCCAUUUGGUGAUAAAGAAAAAUGGCCUUAAGGUGUACUUUUAAAAAAACACACUAAAUGAUGUUAUAUUUUAUAAGCUAUUUUUGAAUGGUGGGGGAAGGCCUACGUUUCUCAAAUAAUAAAUAAAUAAAUAAAUUUCUGCCUGUAAUUCUACCAUUAAAGAAAAACCCUUUAUAAGGUGGGUGUAAGGGAGAUAACAACAGUAUUAUCAGCUAAAUGUGAUCUUUAAUCUGUGACUGAUGCAUCUGAGCUAUGGAUGAUCAAUACUGAAUGCAAAGAGAUGGAGAAGAUGCCUUUGAAGCACCUCUUUGUCAUUUCUGUCAUUGUUAAUUAGGAUUUACAAUAGGCUAACCCUGUUGCAAUGAAAGGAUUAGCUGUUCCUUUUAACCACCUAUUUUGGUUAGGAUUUAAGUGAGGUUCUUGGUCAAAUAGGUGGUCUUCCAAAUGGUUAAUACUGUGGAUCAAAAGUGAGUGGUGCAGUGUGUUAAUUAAAAACAUUACUACAGAGUGCUUAGAGAGCAUGCUUUGAUCAGAGGAAAAUAUGAUUUCCAGUUGCUAUGGUGGUGGUGUUCCUUAUUUGUCAUAAAUGAUACUAUAAUUCUGUUUGCAAUUUGUUGAAUUUCUAUCUAAGAAGCCCUACAUUGCUCCCUUAUUAGUAAAUAAAAGCGGCACACUGUACUAAAUGUUAU